UUGGCUAAAAGAGUGUUGCGUAAUUAAUAUUAGACCCACUUGCAUACUCUCAUUCUCUCACCUCAGUCUGGAAAUUUGUGCUAUAGCCAGUUAUGAGCUGGCUACUAUCCUACAGCCAGCUCCUUCUCUCUCUUCUCUCUUCUCUCCUCCACCUCAGUAUAAAUAUAAUAAAAUAAGACUUAUAGCCAGCUGACUAGAUCUUAUUAUACCUGCUGUUGUUGUAACGUCCUCCAGUCCUAGUCUGUUCAGACGGUGGUCGCUUUCUCCGGAUAUCAUUUCCAUGCUAUAAGAGGAAAGACACCGCGCAACUUGCCUCCGGCGUUGUCAUGGUCUGCUUGACGGGUAGCGAGCCAGGGACUGUGUCACGGAGAAGCUAGCCGCGCGCAGCCAUGGGGAGUGGGUUUCUUGAGCUGCGCGCGAGAGAGCUGGCAAGUCAAAAAGGCAGCUCCUAGAGCGCGACUUCGAGUUUUCCUUUUUUGACCCGCGACGAUCCGACCAUGCCGGUGAUGAACCCGGUCACCAUUGUCGUCCAUUAAUAGAGCUGAGUAUGUCGUGGCGUCAAGAGGGCAUGGGUUUGGUUCUCUUGGUGCGAAAAAGGGAAUCAUACUAACUGGUCCAAAUUGUGUCCACAGAGGGCGACGAAAACCUCCAUGAUAAUGAUAACAACUCUGCCGGUCGCCGGUCUUGGAACCGAAAUAUUUUUGGAUGCAUUUGUCCGCCCAAAAAUUGAACAAACUACUAGUGGUAGUUUGCUACUUCCGGCCAUGGUCUAGAUUAGAAGCUGUCGCCAAGAUCCUAUAUUGCCGUGGAGUCCAACUGAACAAAGUGCCAGCAUGCCAAAAUCAUAUACUCCCUCCAUCUCAGAAUAUAGCUAUGUUUAGGUCUAAGAUUUUCAGGUCUAAUCAGACAUUGUCCAGCUAAGAAUCAUUGACUCUACAAAAGGAAACCAUUAUUGUUUCAGUCCACAUCGCUGAUCGCUCAAUGCCUCGAUGUGCAAACUGCAAACAAGUCGGUUCAGUUCAUUCAGAACCUCUUUUAACCUUUCCAAAGUAGCUAACCUUGGGGCUAUUAAUGCCCACUUUCGUCGUGGUCGUCCGGAGCAGGUGCGCGAUCGAGCUUCCAGUUACGUGUACUACUGCUCUCUGGGAGGAGAUUCCGGCCGCCGAUGCCGACCAGUGGCGGGGCAAAAAUCUCCGGAUGAUGGGGGAUGGGCGGGGCCUGGGCAGUCAGUUGCCCUUGCCCGGGCGGAAGCCGCACCGUCUCGUGGCAAACAAAAGUCGGGACCGUGCCACUUGCGCUCCUGUAGCCUGUAGUAGUGUAGUGCCUGUAGACUGUAGCCAUGUCCCUGACCCGUCGGCAGCCUGCGGACUCGUGACACGGUACUGGCCUCUGCUUGCUUGCGCAGUAGCUCCCCACCCGCACUGACCAGUUGAGUCCCGCCCGAGCGAGAAGAGCCGAGCCUGCAGCCCUCCCGCCGGCGGCCGGCCCAGGACUACCGCAGCUAGCCGCCGCCUCGCGGCGCCCGCGACGAUGGCGGUGCACGACUCGCUCGAGGUGCUGGACUGCGACGACGAUGGGCGCCGCCCGCGCCGGGCCGGCACGGCGUGGACGUGCGCGGCGCACGUCAUCACGGCGGUGAUCGGCUCCGGGGUGCUGUCUCUGGCCUGGAGCGUGGCGCAGCUGGGCUGGGUCGUCGGCCCCGCCUGCAUGUUCUGCUUCGCGCUCGUCACCUACGUCUCCGCCGCGCUGCUCGCCGACUGCUACCGCCGCGGCGACCCGGAGAAGGGCCCGCGGAACCGCUCCUACAUGGACGCCGUCCGCGCAUACCUCGGCAAGAAGCACACCUGGGCGUGCGGCUCGCUGCAGUACGUGAGCCUGUACGGCUGCGGCGUCGCCUAUACCAUCACCACCGCCACUAGCAUAAGGGCGAUUCUGAAGGCCAACUGCUACCACAAGCACGGGCACGAUGCGCCCUGCAGCUACGACGGCAGCUACGACAUGCUCGUCUUCGGCGCCGCGCAGCUCUUCCUCUCCUUCAUACCGGACUUCCACGACAUGGCGUGGCUAUCCGUCGUCGCCGCCGUCAUGUCCUUCUCCUACGCCUUCAUCGGCCUCGGCCUCGGCGUCGCCACCACCAUUUCUAACGGGACGAUCAAAGGAAGCAUAACAGGUGUUCCGAUGAGGACGCCUGUGCAGAAGAUUUGGCGCGUCUCGCAGGCCAUCGGCGACAUCGCGUUCGCGUACCCGUACUCCCUAAUCCUCCUGGAAAUACAGGACACACUGAAGUCGCCGCCAGCCGAGAACAAGACGAUGAAGAGGGCGUCGAUGAUCUCGAUCCUCGUCACGACGUUCUUCUACCUCUGCUGCGGCUGCUUCGGCUACGCCGCCUUCGGGAGCGACGCGCCGGGCAACCUCCUCACCGGCUUCGGCUUCUACGAGCCCUACUGGCUCAUCGACUUCGCCAAUGCCUGCAUCAUCCUCCACCUGCUGGGCGGUUAUCAGGUGUACAGCCAGCCCAUCUUCCAGUUCACGGACAGGUUCUUCGCGGAGCGGUUCCCGGACAGCGGGUUCGUGAACGACUUCCACACCGUGCGGGUCCCGUGCCUGCCGCCGUGGCGGGUGAACCUGCUGCGCCUGUGCUUCCGGACGCUGUACGUGGCGUCCACGACGGCGGUGGCCAUGGUCUUCCCCUACUUCAACGAGGUGCUGGCCCUGCUGGGCGCGCUCAACUUCUGGCCGCUGGCCAUCUACUUCCCCGUGGAGAUGUACUUCAUCCAGCGUAACGUGCCCCGGUGGUCCGCCCGGUGGGUCGUCCUGCAGACCUUCAGCGUCGUCUGCCUCCUCGUCAGCGCCUUCGCGCUAGUCGGCUCCAUCGAGGGGCUCGUCACCCAGAAGCUGGGAUAGGACUCGCCUAGCUAGCGUGUGCCCUCCUUCGUCUGUGUUUUGCAUUGGAUUGCUUCUCUUCCUGUUGUAGUGGUAAUGGGGCAUGCAGCGAGUGGGGGGAUGGCGUCUCUCUCCCUGGGAUGAUGAGCAGCAGCAGCAGCAUGCCGGUAUAACAGGUCAUCUGCAUUCUGCAGGACCAGGGAGUGCCAGGUUGCGCAGUGUUCUUUGAUGCCUUCCUGCUGCAUUAGAGACUUAAGAGUGAAACAUGUACACAGUGUCACAUUGCAUACAUGCCGUAUUGAUAUUGCCCAAGAUGCUUCAGAAGUUCAGAAGAAUUGCUGUGAGGAGCCCGUGCUGCCGUCUAUGCAUGUAGGUCUCAGAGUUUCAUGAAGCUCUGGACUGAUCAGUAGUCUGUUCCUGUUAAAAUUCCAAGCCCCCACUCAAUUUGCAUCUCGGUUUUGCAUGAUCAUUUGGUCAGGCAUAAGCCUUGCGCCUGAAUUGAGGGGGCUCUUGAAGUUGUA